AGGCUACAGACUGGAAGGUGACCAUUGCCUUAAGGAGAAGGCUAAGGAAUGAGUCGAGUGGGGCCAACAGUAUACGGAGAACAGCUACAUGGGGAGGUUCGGCUGGUUGAAGGAGACAUUCUGACCACUUGCGCCGAGCCUGAAUUUGAAUAUGCGACCCUCACGAAUCACUGGGGAACCUGAACGUGGCCGAGAGCAGCAGUUCCAGAACCACGUACUUCUCUUUAUGCUUCGUAACUGACAAGAGCCGCAGGAGCUUGAGGACGCGCCUUCACGCAGGCGCCGAGCCCCAGUUGGGCUAGUCCAUUAGAUAAAAAAGGGGAGGAGGAGAAGGGGCGUGUUCUGUAAAGAACAGAACGAGCGGAGACCUGGCUGGAGAGACCGGCGGCCAUGCUGACUGCCCAAUGGGAACGCGCCUUUCCGCUCUUCCUUUCUUCUCUCCCCGCCCUUCGUUUCUUCUCCGCCCUCCUCCCGUAUAGAUUUCCGCUUCAGCCGGCUUGGGAGGGCUAUUGCGGCUUCUGUUGGGUCAGCGGUGUGCGGAGGUUCCGUCGCGUGCCCUUCGUCGGCAGCUUUCUGGGGAGGGCCGCAAACGCGCGCCCGGUCUCCCUCCUGCCUUGUGCCCUUAGGAAUCUCCCUCCCUCCCCCUCCCCCUUUCCCUCCACUCCCGGCUGGCCCGGGGGAACCGUUGCUCUGAACUCGACGGCGGCUCCGCCGGACUCUCCGCCCGGGCCGUUUCCGGAGCCCGGACUCAGCGACGUGAUGAAGCACCUGCCUUAUUUCUGCCGCGGCAAGGUGGUGCGGGGCUUCGGACGGGGCUCCAAGCAGCUGGGCAUCCCCACAGCUAACUUUCCUGAGCAAGUAGUGGAUAAUCUUCCACAUGAUUUAUCUCCUGGAAUUUAUUAUGGUUGGGCCUCUGUUGGAAAUGGAGAUGUCCAUAAAAUGGUUUUAAGUAUAGGAUGGAACCCAUACUACAAGAAUACUAAAAAAUCUGUGGAAACUCACAUUAUACAUACCUUCAAAGAGGACUUCUAUGGGGAAAUCCUUAGUAUAGUCAUCACUGGCUACAUCAGACCAGAAAAAAACUUUAGUUCAGUUGAUGCCCUUAUUUCUGCAAUUCAAGAUGAUAUUGAAGAAGCUAAGAGACAACUGGAUUUACCAGAGCAUUUGAAACUCAAAGAAGAUAAUUUCUUCCAUAUGCCAGAAAACAAAAUAGUGAAUGGCCACUGAUAAAAAGUCAUUUUAUUUACUUGUUCUUUUUCCCCUUUUUAUUCCACUACUCUGUAUCACUGCUGCAGCCUCGUAUUUGAUUAGCUUAAGAAAAUUUUCCCAAUUAGCUGUGAAUUUAUAUAAUUCAAUGUAGUUGCCAUUUUAUGCUUAUAUUAAAUGUUACAUUAAACUCAUCAUGGCAGCAGUACCAAAAAGGUUCGUUUAAAAAAAUCAAAGAUUUUUGAGAAAAAAUGUUGGAACUAUACAAAAACUUUAUGAAAGACAUAGUAAAAGCAGAGAGCUUUUUAAAAGCAGGAUCUUGAUGGAUAGUAAAAACCUGGCUCAACCAAGUCAUUUGUUGAAGAUGAGAAUAGAAGUCAUGGCUAGGAAUUUCCAACUAAUGCUUGAAGAUCUAGAUGCCAUGGAGAAGUGAAAUGUGCAUUGUGAAAAGCUUUGGCAGUUUAAUAACUUGAAAGGAAGAAAUGGUAGUAUUUGUGUUUGUGUGUAGUACAAUGUUUUAUUAAAGAUGGAAUAUUAUGAAACUUUAUUUAGAAUUAUUAGAAAAAAGUUUGUUAUUGGGGUCAAAUUACUGCCCGUUUUCCGUUUUAUAUUUAUUUUCAUGCUCUGGAGUCUAAGGGUUUAAAAAAAAAAUAGUUCAGAACUAUAGCUCUCAAAUUUUCAUUGCUGUCCUUUCAUCAUAAAUGUUUAUAUUCAAAAUUAUUUGAAGCUUCUUUUACUCCUUAAAUUUUGAUUUCUUUCUAUUCAUAAUCUUUGCAAUUUAUGGUUUUAUGUAUAGUGUAAUAUCUAUCUGUUCCCUCUACUACCAUUAACUGAAGAUGAUUGGAUUUUACUUUACAAAACUUUAAAUAUUGCAACCCACCCUAGAUUUUAAAGUAACUCAUUAAAGUGAGGAGGUAGUGCAAUUAACCAGUUGGGUAGAAAAAGCCAGCUAAAGUUCAGCUAAUGUUAACCAGAGGGAAAACAUUUAAGGGCCAAUUAAAUUAUAGAAUAUAUUUUUAAAAGUUAUUUAACUUAUUUUAAAUAUAAUUAUGUAUGUUAAACAUGUAUAAACUCUGCUGUUGUGUAAUUACAUUGUUAAUGCUAGUUUAAUGCUUGUAAUUUGAUUUAGAAGGAUUAUAAAUUAAAACUUUGUUCAAAUCUUUGUUUUAUUCCCAUGUACUUUCCUCUUUCUAAAUAAACACCUGCACUUUUGGA